AGAGGGAAGCUUAUCAGGAUUGUACGGCGACGCCGCGCCACCAAUCCCCCACCUCGCGCCCGCGCCAUGGCCGCCACCGCCCUCCUCCUCCGCGCCCGCCCCCACCCCCGCCCCGACCAUCCCGCCCCGGCGCGCGCCUCGUGUUCCGCCUUCGUCUGCCGCGCUGCCGCGGCGGGCGAGGCGCUGCGGUCGCUGGCCCCGCCGGCGCGGCCCGAGCUGCUCUCCCUCGACCUCCCGCGCUACGACCCGGCGCGCUCCAGGCCCGUCGACCUCGCCGUGGUGGGGGGCGGGCCCGCGGGGCUCGCCGUCGCGCAGCGCGUCGCCGAGGCCGGACUCUCCGUCUGCGCCAUCGACCCGUCCCCGGCGCUCGUGUGGCCCAACAACUACGGCGUCUGGGUCGACGAGUUCGAGGCCAUGGGGCUGUCGCACUGCCUCGACGCCGUCUGGCCCUCCGCCUCCGUCUUCGUCGACGACCGCCGCGUCAAGUCGCUGGAUCGCCCCUACGCCCGCGUCGCCCGCCGCAAGCUCAAGUCCGCCAUGAUGGAUCGCUGCGUCGCGCAUGGCGUGCGGUUCCACCAGGCCAAGGUCGUCAAGGCCGUCCACAACGAGGCCUCCUCCCUCCUCAUCUGCGACGACGGCGUCGCCGUCCCGGCCACCGUCGUGCUCGACGCCACCGGCUUCUCCCGCUGCCUCGUCCAGUACGACAAGCCCUACAACCCCGGGUACCAGGUCGCCUACGGCAUCCUCGCCGAGGUGGACGAGCACCCGUUCGACAUCGACAAGAUGCUCUUCAUGGACUGGCGCGACUCCCACCUCCCCGAGGGCUCCGAGAUCAAGGAGCGCAACCGCCGCAUCCCGACCUUCCUCUACGCCAUGCCCUUCUCCCCGACGAGGAUCUUCCUCGAGGAGACCUCGCUCGUCGCGCGCCCGGGCCUCGCCAUGGACGACAUCCAGGAGCGCAUGGCGGCGAGGCUGCGCCACCUCGGGAUACGCGUCCGCAGCGUGGAGGAGGACGAGCGGUGCGUGAUCCCCAUGGGCGGCCCGCUCCCCGUGCUGCCCCAGAGGGUGGUCGGCAUCGGCGGCACGGCCGGGAUGGUGCACCCGUCCACGGGGUACAUGGUGGCGCGCACGCUCGCCACCGCGCCCGUCGUGGCGGACUCCAUCGUCCGCUUCCUCGACUCCGGCGGCGGCGGCGGCGACAUCGGCAGCGCCCUCGCCGGCGACGCGCUCUCCGCCGAGGUAUGGAGGCAGCUGUGGCCCGCCGACCGGCGACGGCAGAGGGAGUUCUUCUGCUUCGGCAUGGACAUCCUCCUCAAGCUCGACCUCGUCGGCACCCGCCGCUUCUUCGACGCCUUCUUCGACCUCGAGCCGCACUACUGGCAUGGCUUCCUCUCCUCCAGGCUCUUCUUGCCGGAGCUCCUCAUGUUCGGCCUCUCCCUCUUCGCCAACGCCUCCAACCCGUCGCGGCUGGAGAUCAUGGCCAAGGGCACCGUGCCGCUCGCCAAGAUGAUCGGCAACUUGAUACAGGACAGAGACCGGUGAGGAUUGGGAUUGCCCCUGCAUUUCUCAUCUCAAGAUCUUGCAUUGGAUCUCUGAAUUUUGCUGCUGCUGCUGUGCAAUGUAUCCAAGAUUUGCAAAGAUGACAACUUUACAGAAAAGAACACCAUUAGCAACCAACAGCAGCUAGGAAACAUUCCAUGAGAAUUGAAGUGUGUUUACUGUGUAGCAACUGCUGCUGCAACACACUCUUUUUAGCCUGCUGAUUACACCAAAUUUAGAGCUGUAUAGUUCAUAUUGAGGUAUAAUGUGCUUCUCCAUGUAUUAUAUAUGUCCAUGAUGUCAACACACUGAUCAAUAUUUUCCAGACUUGAUAAUUUCACCCACUACAUAGAACAGAACAGCAGGUAGUACAUGAACUAUGAAAUGAGUUACACAGAAUGUAGUGAGGUGUAAGAGCUUUGCAGCAUUAAUAACACUUAGACACAGCUGAGCAUGAGCUCAAGUUCAAUC